UGGAGUGUCUUGCGCCAAUUUAGUUUGACACUGCAGUCGCUCGCUAGCACGUGCGUUGGACGCGCGUCUCCGCCAUCUUGCAACGGCUAAUUUUGGCGCCAACAUUUUUGAAUUACGAAUAUUUUUUUGCAAAAGCUACAGGGUAAUAUUUAGAAGUUCUAUUGUACAUUAUAAUAAGUGUUUACAGUGCAAUUUAGUAGUUAUGAAGAUGACGGUUAAUCGAAUAAGAGUAGUAGUGCUCGGGAGCCCUCGGUCCGGUAAAUCGGCGGUGGUUGUGCGGUAUUUGACAAAGCGGUACAUUGGCGAAUACAGCUCUACUGGCGAUUUUCUUUAUCAACAUCGAGUAGCGUUUGAUGGUGCUACCUCAGAAGUAGAGGUGUUGGAUACAUGUGGAUGUGCGAAACGUGGAUGUCUGGCGGACCACUUGCGUUGGGGAGAUGCUUUCGCGGUCGUGUAUUCUGUUUGCGACCGGCGCUCCUUUCUGGCCGCCGCUGAACUCUUGGCUCUAUUGGAGAGGACGAGACUGCCAGGCUGCGCAGCCGUCACGCUGCUAGGGAAUAAAAGAGACCUGGAACAUGCGAGGUGUGUCAAAGCUGAAGAAGGUCAAGAGCUGUCAUUGCGAUUCGGUUGCCAGUUCUACGAGGUGUCUGCGGCGGAGUCGUGCGCUGGCGCUGCGCUCGCCUUCCACGCGCUGCUACGGGAGGCGCGCUCGCUGGCGCUGCUGCUGCCCACACCGCGCCGCAAGCUAGCCGCUUACUCCGUCUCUAAGGUGAUUGGGACGAUUCUGGGCUUGAGCAACAAGAGCGUGAGGAAGAAAAGACCAUCUCUCAGCAUAUGAUUCGGCUCUUGCUGAUCGUCUACUGGAUUUCGUUGUUCACUCCGGAAUAGGAGUAUCUUUUCUUUCUGCGCGAUGCAGAAAACUUUGUUGGGAAGCGGGCCGCGGCUUGGGAGUACGGAAAUGACGUAAGGGAAUCUCGGUAUGAAGCUUUUAAAAGAUGGCAAACUUCUACUUUGUAUAAUUCCUUUUCAUUGUUACGAAUACUGUUGUAUAUUGUUAUUUGUGUAAAUAAAAUAAUUUGAUAUGUAUGUUUAAUUAUUGAUAAGUCAAGUAUUAUAUACCACAGUGUGUCUUUACCACUAGUUUAGUACUUUACUACUGUUUCAAGGUUUUCGAGUAUGUCAUGAAGUUU